AUGCCAAAGGAAGACUGCAAAUAUUGGGACAAGUGUUAUCAGCGCAAUGAGGCCCAUCUUGAAAAGUACAAUCAUCCCAGCAAGGAAACAGAUAUUCCAAAAAUGGCGCCAAAACGCAAAACGGCUAGCACAGCCGACCACAAGGAGGAAGUAAGUCCUUCAAAAAGGGACAGUCCAAAUACCAGCAGUUCUGCCAGAGAAAUAGAAGCAGCUGCUGCAGUCGGCGAAUAUGAAACGGAAACUGCGCAGCUUCACAAGGAGGCAAUGAACAAUAUUGCCGGCAAGAAUUAUAUGGAAAUACUGGAGAAGCGCAUUCGUCUCUCCGUGCAGCAGGAAUACGAUAAUCUCUGUGAGAGCAACGAAUUCAUCCGCCACAAAUUUCUGGUCGAAAUGCCACCAGAUUUCUAUGCAUUCUGGCAGUUUAUCAAUACGCUCAAAAAGGACACAACUAAAACAGCUGCUUUGCAGUACAUUGAACAAAUGUUCCAACUGCAGUUGGUGGCACCCUUUGAGUUCCUCGCUGGGAAAUUCCAUAAAGCUAAAAUUGGUGAACCUGGCGAUUAUUUGAGACAUUGGCGUUUCUACUACGAUCCGCCCGAGUUCCAGACGGUUUUUGUUCGCAAAAAUACGGGCAUCCAUUAUGGCUACUGGCGUGAUGUGCCCCAGGAUAAAGAUCGUCUACUCCUAGCGCGUAAUGAUUGCACACAAAACUGUGAAUUUCAAUUUAUUGCUGGCAACAUCUUCGAUGCCUUCCUGUACUACUUGGAACAUGACUUCGUGGGCACGCCUUUCAACACUGCCCAAGUUGCGGCCACCAAGAAAGCCGUGAAGCAGCAUCUUAGUGAUAAUCCAUUGCCCAAUCUGGAUACGUUGACCAAGGAGCGUAAUAAGCGUGUCAUGGCCAAAUCCUUUCAUCGAGCUGGCAUUGUUGUGCCCUACGAACGCAAGUCACAGCAAGGAUAUCGUCCGUUGCCUGUCAGCGAUGCGGAACUCAAGAAAAUUCUGGCACUCUUCGAGCGUAAGGAUCUCGGCGUAGACAGCGACAAUGCCAAGCAAGCUGUGUUAGAAAAGCUGCAGCCGGUGGCAAAUGCCGCCAAUAUCGCGGUGGAUGAAUGUGAUUUUGGCACUGCUCUAGAGUUGGGCCUGGAUUUGUUUAGCAGUGGUCACAAAGAACUGCAUAUGCUGAUCUCGUCGCUGCUAGUGCCAGCGUAUUCCCUGCUAUCGCGGCCUCAGUUCAUUGCUAUUGCCAAGGCGCACAUGGAACAGCGGAGCAAGGAGCUCAACUUGAGCAUCUUUGAAGUCUUGAAAUAAGUACACGUAUUUGAUUUUUUCUUUAUACAACACCUCAACCAAUUUAUUCAGAAAUAUACAUUCAUGCCUCCCCCAAUAUUAAGAAUAUAAAUAAGAACUGGGUUUGGGUUUGGGAACAUAGCGAUCGCUGCAUUGGACUCCGGAUUGUUGUAACAGCUUGAUCAAUGGUCCGGCAGUAACGCCAUCUAUAGGUAGCUUAUCGACAUACACCACAUAUGAAUUGAACGGAAGCUGCAUCUGCUGGCGCCAGCUAGCAACUAUGCGGGGAAGAAAAACAAAACAAAAAAAUGUAUAAACAUGCACGAAAGAAAAGCAAAGUGUAAAAACUCACCACCAGCUGCUACACCAGAUAUGAAAUUGGGCGCCUCCAGUUGACUUAUGGUCUUAUCGCCAGAUGGACCGCCAAUGCUGUGCACAAUGGCGACCUCAUUGCAAUACCUGUUGAUAUCUUCGCUUUUGUAGUCCAUCUUUGGUUUCACUGUGAUCGUCAACACCUUCUUAGCCAAUUGAGCAUAAGGCAGAAGUAGCUCUGUUAUUUCACCACUGUUGUUGAAAUCUUCUUCGAGUGUAGCCAAUAAGUGUCCUUUGGCUGCAUUCAAAUGCAAAGACGACGAUUUUGCCGGUAUGCUGCAAAUGUUUUUGGCAUCCUGUAGCAGCGAAGCGUUACAAAAUUCUGUUAUUUGUGGUCCUUCCACCAACACGAAUAGUUCACUGGCAAUGGGAGCUUCCGAUUCGCCCUCAUUAAAAUUUAGGUGCAACCUGUUAAUAUACUUCUAUAUAAACAUUUCAUUUUAUAAACAAAAAACUGCAGACUCACUGUGAUGCCGGUUCAACGUUGUCGAAUUCAUCCUCUUCGCAGUCGUCCCAAAAGGCUCGAGACGAUGGUAUGUUUACUUCUCCAAAACCUGGGCAGCUCAUUUUGUAAAUAUAGGAAGCUAG